CGAGAGCACAAGAAACUGCUUUGUUCUGAGAGAGUGGAUUCUGCUGGAUUGCGCCCAGUUUUGGCUUGCAGAGCUCCUGGACCCCCUGCGAAAAAAAAAGGAAGACGGAUCGAGCGACCGACGUGGUGCUGGAUUUACAGUACGAGGGGUGGGGGACGAGGCAAUAAAACAAAAUUGCAUUCACGACCGCAAUGAGGCUGCUGGGCACCGGGCGCAGAUUUUUAAGACCUGGUGAGGCAGGGGAAGACUGCGGCGGAUUUCGAGGGGAUGCAACCGUCGUCUGGGAUGCAGCGAGAAGAGCGCCGUGUCCGGCAACGCGAAAUGUAUCCGUUUACUCCCAAAGCGGCUGAGCUUGCGUGAUAAGAGAUUUUUUUCUUUCCUCCCGCUAAAUCAAAAAUAACGGUAUCUUGAUUUAAACAUUAGCCCGCUGCUGAGAGGGAAAAAAUAAGGAAUUUGGUAUGUGCUUACGAAACAAAUAUCUCUGUGUGGACUCCAAUUCCUACUCCCAUUCAUACAGCAGACCAAGGAGAUGCGACCAAAAUGAAGUAUUUUUGCAUGUAGUAAACGUUAACAGAGGCAACGUUAGCUAGCUGGCUAUCUGGUAACGACCCUACUGGCCGCAGCCAAAUUAAAAUUUGUUUGUAUGGGCCGUUUAUGUUUUCCACCGCAGCAGUAAUAAUGUUUUUAAGAUCCCCCAGAAGCAAGUUGUCGGUGUGGGCUGCUCUUUGCGUUUUAGUGCUCUGCUGGCUGUACAAUUACCCGGUUUAUCGGCUCCCAAGCGACAAAGAGAUUGUCAAUGAAGUCCUGCGGCAGGGACAAGUGUGGAAGAGAAACGAGACCGGAAUCCAUUUGUUCAGGAAGCUACUCAAAGAGUGCUGUGACCCUCGCAAAAUGUUCGCAGUCACAAAGGAGAACUCUCCACUGGGCAAGGUCCUCUGGUACGAUGGAGAGCUCUACCACUCCCACACGGUCAACAAUGACACCUACCCGCUGUUCGUACAGGAGACGCCAUUGCAGGUGCCCCUCAAGAGGUGCGCUGUGGUCGGCAACGGAGGGGUCCUGAAGCGCAGCGGCUGCGGGAGCGCCAUCGACCAGGCUGACUUCGUCAUGCGGUGCAACCUGCCGCCGCUGUCGAAAGACUACACAGAGGACGUGGGGACCAGGACGCACCUGGUGACAGCGAAUCCCAGCAUCAUCGAGAAGAGGUUCCAGAACCUUCUGUGGUCCCGGAAGGCGUUUGUGGACAGCAUGAAGGCAUACGGCCUCAGCUACAUCUACAUGCCGGCCUUCUCCAUGAAGCCCGGGACGGAGCCCUCCCUGCGAGCCUACCACGCCCUGGCCGACUCGGGCUCGGGCCAGAAGGUGCUCUUCGCCAACCCGGACUUCCUGAAGAGCGUGGGGCGCUUCUGGAAGGGGCGGGGCGUCCACGCCAAGCGGCUCUCCACGGGCCUCUUCCUGGUGAGCCUGGCUCUGGGGCUGUGUGAGGACGUGGCCCUGCACGGCUUCUGGCCAUUCUCCAUGGACCUGGACGAGAGGCCCAUCAGCCACCACUACUACGACAACGUGCUGCCCUUCUCCGGCUUCCACGCCAUGCCCGAGGAGUUCCUGCAGCUCUGGCACCUGCACAAGAGCGGCAUCCUCAGAAUGUACAUUGGCAGGUGCCCUGAGCAGUAGGGGCAAGACUCCGCCCCUUUCCCAGCAGCCCCC